UAACAUAACAAACAAAACCACAGAAAACAGUGAGAACGCCAAAUACCGAAGAGCCAACGUGCCGUCGCGUUGGUCUGCUACUGCUGUAUUUCCGUCUCGUCUUAUUUUUCCGCUAUUUUUUUUGCCAAUUUUCCUCCUAAUAUUCAGCUCGUGAUUUGUGUUAACUGUGUUUGUGUCAUUAAUAUUCUCGUAGAUAGUCGUGGUUGUCCGCGCGCUCCUAGUUUGUCUGUCCGAGUGAUGUGAGAACGUCACUACGCCUAUUAAUUCUCCGCGAAGAGAGGUUUUUCAUUUUCGUAUCCCAAACGCUAUCUCGAUUACUCACGUAGGUUUGUGUUGUGAGUGUGGCAUGCCAUUAACAGUUUUUGAUUAACUCCAAUCAUACAACGCUUACCAGCACGAUGCCAGGGUCAACCGUUUCCGACAAUGACCUGAGAAUGAAAAAGCGUAGUUUGGCUGGUAACGUAGCCCUUGGCUUGUACGUUUUGGCUUUAGUGUUUGUGUUCAUUUCAUUUUUUUCGACCAGCUGGUUAGUCAGUGAUGGGAGAAUUACAGGUGCAAAAUUAGAAAGUUUUGGAUUAUGGACUCAUUGUUUUCGUUCACUACCUGAUCCUAAUGACCCGGCGGAACGAAGGUUUUUUGUUGGAUGCCAUUGGAUUUUUGAUCCUUUCACUAAGGGAUAUGAUGAAAUCAAAGGAUUUUUGUUACCAUUUUACAUAGUGGCAACUCAGUUCUUUUACACAAUUACAUUCCUAGGAACGUUAGCUUCGGCUGUUGGUUCAUCAAUGUUUCUUCUUUGUUGUACACCUGAUGAAAAACGUUUUAUACAAAUAACUUUUGCAUUGGGAGUAACUCUAAUUGUAUCUGGUGUAUGUGCUGCAAUAUCAGUGCUAAUAUUUGCCUUGUUUGCCAACCGUCCAGGUUGGAUGCCUGGCCACGACAAUAACUUCUUUGGUUGGGCAUUUGGUGUGGCUAUUGCAAGUUUCUUUGCUUUACUUGGAUCUGGAGCAUUUUAUUUGGUAGAAACAAAUAUACAAGUGAAGAAAAGAAAAUAUUUGAAAGAAUCACAAACUAAGUUUGACAUGGAAUCCAAAGGAUAAAAUGAAAUUUAUUGUUCAUUUUUAAUUUAAAAUAUUUCCAAUUUAGACCAUUAGUAUAUGUUUUUUAUAGUAA